AUGUAUAAAUUCCUAAUACUGUUGUAAGCACUAUUGUGGAUUAGUGAAACAAAGAAGGUUCAGAAAAGUUUUCGUAUCAGAUAGCUGUCUGAUUGGGAAUACCUGACUAAAUUUGGAGCUGAAGUUGGAGAUGUCACUUAUCAUAUCAAAUUCAAACUUGUUGGAUUGGAGUCUGAGGAAAUGAGAGAAAGGAAAUUCCCCAUUCUUUUUGAGUUGUAUUUAGAUGAAGAGUGGCCAGAAGCAUUGGAGAAGCAAAGUUGCGAGGUAAGUAUAUUCUUAAUUAAUUAGAGAUAAUCCUUGGCCAGAAGAAAAGAGACUAUUCAAGUGCCUGGGAAUGGAGAAUUUUCUUAAGUGUACACAGGGAAUAUUAAAGCCAAACUAAGAGCUCAUAUGUGGUAUUAUGCCAUAUCGGAUUGCCAUCGAAGAUUAAGGGAUGAAUUCAAGGAAGAUUAGUAUAAACGAGUUAAAUUAGAAGUGGAUAUUCACAUAAAGAAUGUUGGUAAGACUGAAUUUUCAGUUGAACAGUUCGGAAUUCAAUAUUUCAUGAUUGUGGUAGUUUUGGUUGACAUUGUGAUGUUGGUUUAUAAUGGCUAUUACAUUGUCUAAAGACAUGAAAAGUAUGAGGAAUUCAGCUUAGCAUUGUUUCUGUUGGUCGUCACUCUUUUCCUUGAAGCAAUCUCCUACAGUGUGAAUCUAUUGCACUUAUGGUUUUACAGUAAUGAUGGACAAGGAGUGCUUUUCCUUCAUGUGGCUUCAGUUAUUGUAUAGGUAAAUCUUAUUAAUAAAUGCAGGUUGCAUCUCAAUUCUCUUUAACAAUGAUAUUAGUGAUGUUGUCUUGGGGUUGGCAAAUCAGUUUCACUAAAUUUGAAAAUUUCGAAAUAUUUCUGCCCUUAUCACUAUUAAUAGCAUUCUUUUAAUUGACUAUCGUAGGAGUUGGUUUUAUAGAUUAUGAUGCUUACUAUAAGGAUCACUCUUAUGAAGGAUGGGUCGGUUGGUUGGCAUCCUUUAUAUUUAUUGGAGAAUUCAUCUACUUUAUGAAUGGAUUGUCUAACACAUAUAAAAAGAGUAAUGGAGCCGUUUAAUAAUUCAUAUUGAUGCUUGGAAUCUAUGGAGGAAUUUACUUCAUCAGUUUCCCAGUUCUCCAGACUGUCAAUUUGGUACUAUUAUUAAAAUAACUGCAUAGGUUGUUGCCAGAUACCUUAGACACAAAGUAAUGGAAAUUGGUACAAUAUCGUUGAGGACUGCUGCUAUUCUACUUCUGACUCAUUUGUUUACAUCUAAAAAAUCCCUAUUUGCUAAAAUAUCAUAUGAUAGCAAAAGUUUCUUGGAUAGAAACAAGGAUGAGUGA